AUGGGGAUCAUUUCGCGCUUCCUUGUCGUGAUAGGCGGACUCCUCCCUGCCAUUGUGUUUGGGGCUGAACCGUCGACUCCAUUUUUCCCUUCAUUGGACCCAUUCUAUACGCCGAAGAAAGGGUCUUGGGAAGAACUGGCCCCCGGAACAAUCAUAGGCUGCCGCCCAGUACACAUCAAUUCACUCCGUUACGGCAUUCAAUCUACCGCCACAGCAUAUCAACUCCUAUACGUCACCAAGGACCUGAACAGCAACCCAGCCCACUCAGUCACAACAAUAGUCAUCCCCAAAAACGCAAAGAGGGACCGACUACUAUCCGUGCAGCCCGCCUACGACUCGCCAGAUAUUAAUUGCUCUCCCUCAUAUGGGCUCCAGGUUGGCGCGGUCGGCCCCUCACUAUCCUGGAAUAUGAUGGAUUUAUCCUUCGUGGAACCGUUCGUACGAGACGACGGUCCAGUCCUAAAUAUUCCUGACUACGAGGGCUGGAACGCUGCUUUUACUGUGGGCCCGCAGACAGCCUACCACACACUCGACUCGAUCCGUGCGGCAUUUAACUUCAAGGAUGAAAUCGACCUCCAGCCUAACGCCAGAACAGUACUAUACGGGUUCUCCGGUGGUGCGUAUGCUACCGAAUGGGCUUCCGAGAUGCAGCCCAGUUAUGCGCCGGAACUGACCCAGAUUGUGGGUGCUGCCAUGGGCGGUCCUCCUCCCAACAUUACGAACACCUAUAUUCACUGCGAUGGGGGGGAUUGGGCGGAGCUGAACGUGUGGGCAGUGCUGGGAAUGAUGAAUGCUGUUCCCGAGAUGAAAGAAUACAUCGACAAGGAUCUGCUGGAUGAGCACCGCGAGGAGUUUUAUGGUCCCAUGAAACGCUGCAGUCGCCACUUCGGCGUAGAAGAUGUUCCCCCGUCUCUAGCGUUCAGGAACAUCUCAUCCUUUUUCAAGCACGGGGACCAUUUCCUGUAUAGAUUCCGUGAUACCCUGGAUCACCUUGGCGUCAUGGGGAGGACUGGGGCCCCUAAGUUCCCCAUGUAUAUCUACCAAGGAACGAAGGAUGAGAUCGUGGAUCCGAUCGGAGUCACGAAUCAACUUGUUCGUGGGCUCUGUGAGAAGGGUGGUAAUGUACGCUACGUCCAAUACCCUUGCACGAAUCAUAUGAAUACCUUGAUCAAAGGGGGAAUUGCUGUUUGGAUCUGGAUUGGGAAUCUCUUGUCAGGCCGGCCCACGAUACCGGGAUGUCGCUAUGAGGACUUGAACCCGCCGAUCGAUGGAUCUGACGAUGGCUGUCCGAAGGACGGGGAAGAAGCUCUGGGGAUGGAUGAGUAUUAUUCGGAUUUUGAAUUCUUCGGACGGGACGAACUCAAGUGA